AUGUUUCUUGAUGCAGUGGCACGUCUCCCGUGUCUACAGUGCGGCCACCAGACAAAACAGUUUCCUAUGCGGUCUGAUGAUUCCAGUGACAUUUUAACAAAGUGGGUGGGUUGCGGCCGGAAACAGCUUCCACUUGCCUGUUCCAGGGAAUGUGCCGAUACACUGCAGAAGAAUCGUCCCGAUUUAUUAAUACAAUAUGAUAGUAUGAUGGAGGAUACCGAGUAUUCUGCCACACCUGAAGCCAUUAAACUCUUUGCGGAAGUUUUACAACCAGAUCGUCGCGAUAGUAUUCAGUGGAAAAACAACAUACACUUAACCUCGUGGACGGAAUACUUCAAGCUUUAUCAACCUGACGAUCAUUGGCUAAAGGAUGUGAGAGCGCUGAGAAUGCUGUCGUCGGCAUAUUCAUACGUCAUGACGCUCAGCAAGUUUCUUUCGGACUUGUUAGCUCCAUACCAUGCGGACAGCGAGAAAAAGGUUGAUCUCCAUAUAAUUGGAGCGCGUGCAGAAGCAACGAUGCCUCGUUAUCUUUGGGACGAUCUGUCGUUCUUUCAUCCCGGAUGGCAAUUCAAUAUCACAUUGGUGGGUAAUCACGUCCCGGUGAUGCCGGCGCGCAAUAAGACGAGAUCAAAAGAAAACACUCUCGUUCAGCUUGAAAUGACCAAUGGACUAUAUCACGAAUCAGUAGCGAGGAAAUUGACAACUCCUGACGCAUUUGUGAUGUAUAAUCCGGGUAUUGGCCACCCUUAUUUGCGCGAAAGCUGGGAGCCUACUGUGCUGUCUGUGCUGGCGUCACGCAAGCCAAUGCUCAUCACAUCAUUCAACUUGGAAGAUCAACAACGUGACAUUAAGGCACUACAAAAACUAGUGGCAAAACUGCACGGAUAUAAGCUACAAUUCCGAUCCAAUGCCGAACAAAACCCUUUUCGCAGCUUGAAGCUCCAAGUAGAUCCUCGUAAUGUCAAGCUGCCCAUACAGACGAACAGCCGCGCAAUGGUCGUACAAUUAGUCCAAGCCAUGUAA